AAUCCACACAACCCCUUCUCCUUUUUCUUCUACCAAACACAGCUAAAAGUCACGGCUCUCUCCCUCUCUCUCUGUGUCCCGAGAGGUCCGUGAAUUGUGGAGUAUACCAACUCGUAUACAAAUUGGAUACACCCACCGCACCACCCGCCACGUGGCGGUGCGCCCCACAGUUUCAGAAAAAGAAGCAGAAAUCGUAAAAAAAAAAAGCCCCAGUUCAAGCGUUCUUCUGGUUCCCAAGGAGAGAGAGAGGACGGCCGCCACCGACGAUCCCCAUCACCAACUCCAACCAGCACGUCAGCGGCUCCACCUCGCGAGAAUCGCCAAAACCGUACACGCACGGUCAAAUCGCCAAGGUGUUGAAUUCAUUGCCUUCCCGAUUGAAUUUCAAGAGGAUAGUUGGCGUAAGUUCUUGGCACAAUCAAAGAUGUCAUUGGAUUCAUUAUCUCUUACUUAUCAGUUGAGUUGUAAAAGUCAAAAGUCUGUAACGAGUGAAACUGGAAGAAGCCCUAAAUGCAUACUGCCCAGACUUGUGAAAUUACAGAAAUAUCCCACUAAAAGCAGAAGUUCAUCAACGACAUGUUUGGCCACUAGGAAUGGUGGGUUUAACCAGCAGUCUCAUGGGAUUGGCAACAGAGAUGGUGUAAUCAUUGUUGACCAUGGGUCGCGUCGAAAGGAAUCCAACCUUAUGCUAGAUGAGUUUGUGGCGAUGUUUAGAGAAAAAACGGGUUACCCAAUCAUAGAGCCUGCUCAUAUGGAGUUGGCAGAGCCGUCAAUAAGAGAUGCAUUUGGUUUGUGCGUUAAACAAGGUGCCAAUCGGGUGAUUGUAAGCCCAUUUUUCUUGUCUCCAGGACGACACUGGCACAAGGACAUUCCAUCCUUAACAGCUGAUGCUGCCAAGGAGCAGCCAGGUGUGUCAUAUGUUAUAACAGCACCUCUUGGCCUUCACCAACUACUUGUGGAUGUUGUGAAUGAUAGAAUAAAACACUGCUUAAGUCACGUAGCUGGAAUUGCGGAGGAGUGUUCAGUUUGUGCCGGCACUGGAAAAUGUCGCCUCUAUUGAGUAACGGGAAGUGGUAAAAGAGAGUUCACCGAGGUUCUCUAGAACACGGAUGCCUGCAGGUGUGAGGAAAACAAUUAGGUCGCCAUCUGAUUGCUUUGUGCCCUCAUUGGAACAAUAUCUUUGUUGGAAGUGAACAAGAAGAUGGAUGUUUCAGAAUCGGUUGUUGGAAGGCUGCAAAGACUCGUGCAAAGACCCGAGGACUAGAUAAUCUGCGCUGUGAUUUGAUUUUGUGCAAAUCGUUUCAGUUUUAGAAACUUGAUGUGAUUGUUUCCAGCAUCUCAAUUUGCUAACCUCUUUCCAAUUUAUACGAAAGAAAUGUCGAACUUGUUCUUGAUUCGGGACAUGCUUGGCAAGAAAUGUAUUUUCUACCGUGUUUUGUUUGGCUGAAA